GUUACUUCCUUGUGCAUUUCUUUAUUACUUAUCUCUCCCCAAAUGCGUUUUGACAAAAAUUUCGAUUACAUUCUUUGUGUUUCGCUUAAAAUUUAAACCAUGAUAUCAAUUAAAUACCGGCAUUACAGCAGCUUGAAUAUUCAGUAACGCUGCGCGUUUCGCCGACUUCAGUGCUGCACCGGCCUUGCAUUAAUUGUUCACUUCAAUUUUUGGCUAUUCCAUAUUCACCGGCAAAAAAUAAAACACAAAUAAUAAAAAAGCAAUAAGUAAAUAAAAAAGCGUGCACUAAAAGUAAGUAUCAAAACAAAAUGUGGAAGAUGCUAUGCGCAGUCAAGAAAACCGGUCCUGGGCUCGCUCGACUUCCACAGCUGAGCUGUGCCGCACAGCAAGCGCACCAGCGGCGUACCGGCUUUUCAAGUGCGACCGAAGAACAGCUUAAAGAACUCAUCGAUGAAAAUGCACCCGAACGCACAGAUACAGAAUGGUUGAAUGCUCAAGAUUACAGCGCGAUUCCCGGCCCCUCUAAGUACAAGUUUUUCCGCGAUUUUCUGCCUGGUGGUGAAUUCUAUAAUAUCAACUAUAUAGAUAUGCAUAAAAAGCUGCACGGCCGUUAUGGAGACAUAUUUCUAUUGAAGGGUAUGUUUGGUCGUCCCGAUACGUUAUUCACCUACAAUGCAGACGAUUUUGAAGUGGUCUAUCGCAAUGAAGGCAUCUGGCCGAUACGUGUGGCUUUAAUGAGUUUCGAUUACUAUCGCAAAGUGAAGCGUGUAGACUUCUUUAAGGGCCGCAGUGGACUUGUGACUGAGCAUGGACGCAGUUGGGGUGAUAUGCGUAAUAAAGUGAACCCAGUUAUGAUGAAAUCGGCUAGCAUACGCGGGGAUCUGCCGGAAAUAGAUAAAAUUACCUUGCGAUUUGUGGAAAGGCUUGAAACGCUGCGCGAUCCGAUCACUGGUCUUUUGAAAAACGAUUUUCAUAUUGAACUUAAAAAAUGGGCGUUUGAGUCGGUCACCUAUAUCGCGCUAAAUAAACGCCUAAAUAUGUCCAGUGAAAAUGCCAACAAAGAAGCAGCGGUUUUGGCUCAAAAUUUAGCUGAUUGUUUUAAUCUCAGUUUUCUCUACGACAUGAGACCCUCCGUGUGGAAGUACUUCGAAACGCCGGGUUUCAAAAAAUUAAUGCGCGCCUACAAUAGCAUCACAGAGAUCACCUAUAAGUAUGUACUCGAGGCAAUGCACCGCUUUGAAAGUGAAGGCAAAACGGAAGCGAAGAGCGUGCUGGAGAAACUCUUGCUUAUCGAUACACACUACGCAAUGUUGAUGAGCAUCGAUUCAUUGACCUCCGGCAUGGACACGACUGCCUCCACCUUUAUUACAACGUUGUAUCACAUUGCGCGAAAUCCGGAAAAGCAACGUGCCUUACGUCGUGAACUAAUGCAAAUUAUGCCCGAUCCACAGACACCCUUAACCGUUGAGAAUACCAAGAACAUGCCAUAUUUACGUGCCUGCAUCAAAGAAGCGCAGCGCAUAACACCCAUAGCGCCGGGUAAUCUGCGCACGUUGCCAAAAGAUGUUGUGCUCUCCGGUUAUCGUAUACCGCGCGGCACCUCGGUGCACCUCGGCAAUAUGACGCUCUGCAAUAGUGAGCAGUUUUAUCCGCGUUAUAAGGAAUUCAUACCCGAACGUUGGCUGAAAUCGGGUGAGAGUGCUUGUCCGGAAUUGCGCAGCAGCAAUCCAUUCAUUUAUGCGCCCUUCGGCUUCGGUCCACGCACUUGUGUUGGCAAGCGUAUAGCCGAAAUGGAGAUGGAAACCUUGAUGGCGCGUCUGGUGCGUUUGUAUAAGAUUAGCUGGGCCUCACCGGAUGAAAUGCAGUAUGUAAGCAAUCUCAUUUUGGCACCUAAGGCCCCGGUGAAGUUCAGAUUUAUGCCAAUCGAAGAGGAGGACUGUGCUAUUGGUAGUUUCUCUGUAUAAGUGAUUCUUCUUUUUUUUAAGUAAUAUUCAUGUUAAGAAUUUGUGAAUUUGUAAUUGAUGUGCUGUUAUAUUGGAGUUGUAUGAAAAUGUAUUUGUUAUGUAAAAGUAAAUGUUUAUGUUGACAGGAAGAACUUACUGAGUUCAUUUAUCAAAAUCAUGCUUUUAAGUAAUGUUUCACAAAUGUUUGGUUGACAUGUAGAUUAUUUGUACUUUUUAAAUGACUAUAUAAUAAUUGACGUCAUCACUUUUAACUUCGAAAUGAAAUAA